GAUAAUGUAUACAUGUGUAUAUAUACUUCCAUGGUGUCUAUAUUGAGGUCAGGAUACUUUGUUGCACUUUUUGUGUGACUAUGUAUACAUGCAUGUAUAUGUGUAGAUAACUGUAACCAUGGUCACAAGAUAUGAAGAGAGAGAGAAGCUCCUCCAUCUCUCUAAAAACAUCUAGUCAACUCCUAAAUCCCCUUGUGGGAUUUCGGCAACCUCAACGCCGGCAAUCGAUAUUCUACCAUGACAAUUUACAAAACACAGUGCAAAAUUCCCCUAUAAACUGCUAUUCGAACAGACAAGGCUUCAACGAUGGGAAUCCUCAUCAAGAACUCUCGAACCAUCACGCAAGACUUCGCUCCCACACCAGGUUCGUGAGCGGCAGAACCACAAGGUACGGAAAGCGUCCUUAUAGACUAGGUAUCCCUUUCAACCAAUAUUUUGAGCUGCUGAGCUGGAACAACACCAGGCAACACCCAAAUCGUAGGAUUUGAACUCCACAGUAUCACUCCAGCUCCUACCCUUUCAAGCCGGAUAAUUGAAAUUGCACUAGGCAACACCAACUUCGCAGAAGCCUGAAUUCUACAUAUCGCACCAAGGCUUAUUGGAAUCCCCCACCCCGUCCUGAAGCUCGAAAUAGCUCUAUUUGGGACCAAGUUUACGCUAAUCAGCGUCAACCUGUCCGACCACCCCACAAACUACCCCUGUCCAAACAAAGAAAUUGGAAGAGAAUUGGAGUUUGGUCAAAUAUGGGGGGGUGGACACCCCAACGACCCAUCCCAUAGAAUUCCGGCAUCCCUACCACCCAUAUCAUAGAACAAAAGGGGAUCAGGUCUAGCUAAUCGCUACCAGAGUUUAAGAAUCGACGAAGACAACCCCUCAUAAUCUGAGGUCGAAAUUGACUCUCCCUACCUUUUUGACAGUCAAAGAUUUAGAAGUAAAAGAAAAAUCAACAAUAAGCGACAAGUCGAAAAAGCCGGACAAAAUCCAUCAGUAUCAGACCACGGUGGACAAAGACGAAGGCCGAAAAACCCAUCAGAACCUCCACCCAUCUCUUCGUCGGGACAAGCAGCUAUCAAGGCUACAACCGACAACAUGUGCGCCGUGGACAAUCUAUCGACAGGCACACCCAAGUUCACAUGGGCUGAUCUACUCUAGGGACCUACGAAGAAGAUGGAUGGUUCAAAUAAUCGCUCUUCUUCGAUCACAAUAAGUCUAUCUUCUGGAUAGGCUGGAAUUUCCGAUUCUCUUAAGAGACCAGGUACAUCUAUAAAUAAAAAAUGUGAUGGUAAGGAAAAGGACACAACGGAUGAAGACCAGGAUGAUACUGAUGCUCUAGUGAAUGUCACCGAAAAAUACUCCUUCUUUGGAGAAUUUGGGUUUGACUCAGUCAAAAUUGAAACUACAUCUUUUAAGUUUGCGGUGACAAAUAGAGAUUUGGUCCUCUUUCAAAUUAAAAGAUAUCUUAUGCAUAAAAUUCACCUCAAAGUUGAUCUUGUCCCGCAAAUCAUCCGGUUCAUUUACCAACUCACAACUUCUGUUUAGGAAAAUUUCGAGAAAAUAAAGAGAUUUGGAGAUCUCACGAUCUCUUUGGAAAUUAACAGAGCGGGCUGCUACGUAAAACUGGCGAAAUACAAAGGGAGCUUCAUUCAUAUACCCAUGCGACCCCAUGAUUCAAGCCUAUUCAAAUUCCUUAAUAUUUUUUCUAAUUUUGUAGGCAUUUCAAAGUCAGUGCCCGAUGACUCAAUAUCUCUUCGACACAGGCGUGUAUUAGAAACUGAGGAUCACACAUCCCUAUCUUAACUGAUUUUUAAUUAUCAGAUCCAAGCGGCAUAUACUAAGAAUAAACAUGUCUUAUCUGCUGGGAAACAAGUUGCCAUUGAUCCAGGCUUUCUCAGAUGCAUCUGACGAUUUUGAUCAUUCAGAUGACUCACUCUUUACUGAUGAUUUCUUGGGACAUGCAACCGAGAGCAAUUGUCGUCCUCCUAUUUCAUACCCGGAAGAAAUUAGGAAAUCAAAAUUCAAUACUGCGAUCUACGGCAAAGCUAAUUUCAUCACCUCAAAAAACUGCCUUCCGACCGAGAACUUGAACACGCGGCUAAAAAUAUACAGGAAAUCUCAAAAGAACAAGAGGCGUCACAACAUGAGAAGACAAGAGGUAGGUCUCAAUCCAGUGAUUUCCCAUGGGAUUAGUCUGCUUUUCCUUUAAUUUAGUACUUAUUUUCUUUCUCUUUCAUGUACUAUAAUUUAUUUAUUUUUUCUUUUUCGCAUUGUACUCUCAAUUAUAUCAAUAAACUCUCCUUUUCCAAAAAACAAAGUGUAUAUAAGUGUAUCCAUGUGUAUAGGAAAAAGUGCAUGUAUAUAAUAAAAUAUAUAUGGCCGCCAGACCUUAAAUAUGAUUAGGUUCACCA